AUGUUUUCAGAUUCACCAGAGGCAGAGAGAAACUCUCUCUUGCUGGCUUCUUACCUGAAUAUUUCUUUAUGCCAGUUGAAACUUGGAGAUUAUCCUAAAGCCCGAGAUGCAGCAACUUCUGCACUUGAUAUUGACCCCAACAACGAGAAGGCCUUUUAUAGAAGAGGUCAAGCAUUACUUAAUCUCAAAGAACCGGAUCUAGCUAGUAAAGACUUCAUGAGAUGUCUUGAAAUAAAUCCAGAUAAUACUGUUGUGAAAUGUAAACUAGAUUUUUGCAAGAAAAUAAUAAGAAAACAGUUGUAUGAAGAGAAGAAAAUAUAUGCAAACAUGUUUGACAAAUUUGCAAAAAUGGAUACAGAGAGAGAGGCAUUUGAGAGAACAAGGCAACCAAAUGUUAUGAGUUCGGUAGGAGAAUGGGGUCAAGAGGAUCGUGAACGCGAGCCUGGCGAAUUUGAAAAAGAAAAUCCUGAUAUUUUGUUGUUGAAUAAAACAGGAGAGUUUAAAGAUAUGUGAAUUUGUAAUUCUGCUUGUAUAUCUAUUUGUAUAAUUGCUUUCAAUUUCAUAGGUACCUACAUGAAAAAAAAUAUAUUUUCAAAUUUUCUGUAAUUGUAAGCUUUCUAUAUUUUAGAACUGUUAGGAAAUUAAUAGGCAACAGAAAUGCAAACAUUCCAAAUGGUAGUUUCAGUUGAUACGUCAAGAAGAAUACUUCGAUCACACCAAUGAAGAUGACUGCCGCAGUUGCAGUUGAAACGUUUGAAGAUUGUAACCAAAGAAGACCACCGCAAAACCCGGAAACCUACCAAAACAUUGCAAAUGGUAGCUUUUCAAAUCUCAAAAUUUAUAAUUGUUUAUCACAUUAAUAAUUAUAUUCAAGAAGAGUGUUUCAACUGAAAUUCAGUUGAUACGUUAAGAAGAGUACUUCAACCACGCCACUGCCGCAGUUGCAGUUGAAACGUUUGGAGAUUUUAAUCAAAGAAAACCACGGCAAAACCCGGAAACCAACCAAAACAUUGACGCCAGCCGUGAAAGCCUACAUUCUUAUAUUGACCCAGAUGUUUCCUAUAAAGCUGAUUUCAUUGCUGCUGAAAUAACAAAAAUUGAAUUCAAUGACGAAUUCAAAAUAGAUAGGCCUACAGAUGGUUCAGAUACAGAACAUUCGCAGCAAUGUGAUCACUCGACAUUAUAAGACAUUGAAUUCACGGAAUAAAACACUAUCGCCAACACCGAACCCGAUAAAUGAAGAGCAUCUCUUUUCGCAGUUCUCUGUCACCAAUGUCAUCUACGAGGUACGCCUUUAAACAAUCAAUUCUUGAUUAUACCCGAAUUCAUCCAUUGCCAAAGAUUGCAAUAAGAAUAAGUCAAUUGUGAAGAAAAAAGUGAAUACGUCCAUACUAAUAAGCACUUUAUAUAAAGACCAUUCAGAAGAAGAAACUAAUAAAAAGUCUGAAAAAAACCGAAGAAACAAAAAGAACACGUUGAAAAAAGUAUUUCCAAAAAGGGGUACAAAAGGUAAAGGUCUGCCCAAUAAGAAGUGAGUGUGAGUCAUCUAAGCAGAAGAUACAGAAUGUCUAAUUUGUACGGAAUCAUUUUCAAAUAUAAUUCUAAGGUAAAUUAUGGAUAAAAAGUUGUAAAUAUGCCAAAAAUGGGGUCAUCAAGCUUGUGCAGGGAUAGAUAGAUAGCGAUGAUAUUGAUGGAUUUACUUGCGAUUUGUGUGUAAGAACACUAGAAAAGAAGUGUUUAGAAUUUUAACUGAACUAACCCUAAUAGCACAACUUAGUGCCAUAGACGUCAUUUCAACGUCCUGUCCUAUGGACAUUCUUGGGACUUACAAAUAUCCUUAUGUCUAACAUCAUCUGAACGUCCGUCAUGGACAUCAUCUGCACGUCUUUCAUGAAAAUCUGUUAGAUUAGGACUACAGUUUUAGUUCAGUUGACGUUGAAUGGAUGUCCUUGGGACGUUAAAGGUUAUAUUUGAAAUAUAAUUUGGAUUUUUACUGUGAAUACUUUGACGUAAGUUUGGGAUAUCAAAAGGGCACAAUAUGGAACAUAUUCUGAACUUUUUAGAUUAGCACAUUGUUAACAUCCAGUGCCUGUCCAGUAUUCUGAAAUUGAUUUGAGGAUUUUUUAGAAACAUCCACAGUAAACAUUCAAAUUAUACAUAAUUG